GCACCAUCGAGACAGGCUGCUCAGUUGGGAUAUUGUUGACCGAGGUACAGUGAAAAGCUUCGGUUUGCAAUGAGCUGCCGGCAGCUGAUUAGCUUCACCCGGGUGGUGGAGGAUGGAGACGCUUGGAGGGACGGUGAACGGCGUGUGCCCUGCUCUCCCCUCCCCAGGGAGGGAGGGUUGGACGGGGAGCAGGCCAGGAGCUUCUAUGAGAGCGUCCUUGCUUCCAGCAGCCAGGCCAGCACCAGCUCCAGCUCCAGUGCAGUCCGUAAACACAAGGCCGAGCGGGGGAGAGUGCAGGCAGGUGGCCCCAGUGGACAUCAGGUCGAGGGAAGGCAGAGGAACGGGCAUCUGCUGCUGAAAUCUGCUCAGAACGGGGACCUCAAAAUGCUUCGGAGGUUGCUGGAGACAGGAGCGAGCGAUAUAAACUUCCGGGACAGUUACUACUGGACUGCCACCAUGUGUGCAGCAUACAGUGGGCAGCUGGAAGCAGUGAAGUGCUUGCUGAGUCUUGGAGCUGCAUGGGUCGGCGUGUGUGACUGCACGGGACGCGAUGCUCUGGAUUUGGCCCGACAGGCUGGACAUGCAGAAAUCGUCACCGCUCUGGAGGAAUAUCACACUCGUCCAGAGGAACAAGUAGACGGCAGGUAUGAGACACUUGGUGGUCUGGGCAUGGCAGUGCCUCGGCGGAAAACCGCACCCUCUUUCCCUUCCAGCCUCUCACCUGCUCAUUUCCAAAUCGGGAGGCUAAAAUAA